AUGGAAAGAAGUGAUUCAGCUCUGUCAACUGUACAUUUUCCUGUGGCGAAUCAGGUUAACUUGCACUUAAAGAAACCAAAGAUACUGAAAGAGUUGAAGUUCACUCAUAACAUUAUGAAGGACCAACCUAAUGGACCCGUUCCGUCACUCCAAGACAAAGCACUUAAUCUCAAGGAAAGUUUUUCCAGUUGCCUUUCAAAUCAUCGAGUUCGGAGAUGGUGUGCAUUUGAGUGGUUCUACAGUGCCAUUGAUUAUCCUUGGUUUGCUAAAAAGAAGUUUGUGGAGUACUUGUAUCAUGUUGGAUUGGGUCAUGUUCCAAGAUUAACUCGUGUUGAAUGGAGUGUCAUAAGAAGUUCUCUUGGUAAACCACGGAGGUUUUCUGAACAAUUUUUGAAGGAAGAAAAAGAGAAGCUUAAUCAAUACCGCAAUUCUGUUAGAACACAUUAUGCUGAACUUCAUUCUGGUAUCAGGGAAGGAUUGCCAACAGAUCUGGCAAGGCCUUUGUCAGUUGGACAACGUGUUAUAGCUAUUCAUCCAAGAACAAGAGAGAUUUAUGAUGGAAGUGUACUAACUGUUGAUCGUUCCAUGUGCCGGGUUCAGUUCGACCACCUGAGCUAG